UUGACUGGGAGAUUAAUAUUUUUUGCUGUUAAACUUUAAGAUGAACUCGUAUGAUGUAAGCAAUCAGACGAAAUAUUACUUAAUUGUAUGUCGUUAACAUCAAUUGAAGUGUUAGUAGUUUUUUUGUUUGGUUCUAAAAUCUGAUGCGAAAUGAGAUGUUCAGAGGAGAUACUGUUAAAGAAAAAGAUUGCGAGAAAGCAGCAACAGCAGGGGUCCGCAUCAUGUCAAAUGUCAUCAGAUACAUAAUUCUGUUUGGAAUCGUCGUUUUCCUUGGGACGUGUAUCUACUUGCUGGAGAACAACUUUACCUUACAGAAUGUUACAAGAUUUAUUAAUCAAACUUCAUAUGGUAAGGAUGUUUCCAGCUUUUAUUCGCAUGACGUUCGUGAGCAAAUUCGUCUCGUGACGAAAGGCUUCGAUGUGUCCACCCAAGGCUACAGACAGAAUGUCAAUAUUAGAGCGAGCUACCAGACGACGCCUCACUAUGAAAAUAACCCGAUUUUUCAUGUUAACGGAUAUAACAUUACAGACGAGACACUAUACCUUUAUGGUUACAUGGGCAAAAACAAUUCAACGAGUUCAGUGAGGUUAAGCGGGCUUUCAAAUUUGUUAAAUAUGAUAAAACCAUAUAUAAAACAAGACAAUAAAUUAAAAAAUAUAUACUUACCACACAAACAUUAUUUUCAUCAUUCCAGAAUAGUUACUGAUGUAAACUGCAACGCUAUAUUCCAUGGAGAUAUAGGUGAAAUAAAACGUACAGAGAACAUUACAAAAAUAAGAAAGUUCCUUCAUCCCCAAAACUACUCAGAAAUGACAAAGAACUGCUCACAUUUUAAACGUCUGCGUGGAUAUAUUGAUCAUCAUUUAACUGAAGUUGAACGUGACUUUCCUAUAGCGUUCAGUCUUUUAAUGUUCACAGACAUUGAACAAUCGGAGAGACUCCUACGUGCUAUUUACAGACCACAGAACUAUUAUUGUAUACAUGUUGACUCCAAAACAGAUCAAACCAUAUACGACGGCAUGUCUUCGAUUGCAAGUUGCUUUGAUAAUGUGUUUAUGACAUCAAAGCGAUUUAACGUUCAGUGGGGUACAAUGACCGUUCUCGAGCCAGAGUUGCUCUGCAUGGAAGAGCUUUGGAACAAAAGUGCAGCGUGGAAAUACUUUAUUAAUCUGACUGGACAAGAGUUUCCGCUGAGAACAAACUACGAACUUGUACGCAUUUUACAGGCAUACAAUGGAUCAAACGAUAUUGAGGGAACUUUCAAAAGAGCCAACAGGAAUCGAUGGCAGAAGGCCGGUGCACCACCUCACAACAUCACGGCGUUUAAGGGGUCUGUGCAUGUUGUGGUCAAUAGAGGCUUUGUGGAUUUUGCACUGCACGAUCAGCGAGCCCAUGACCUCUUAAACUGGACGCGACAGACGCAGGUGCCCGAUGAAACGUUCUUUUCUACGCUCAAUCAUAACCCUCAUCUUGGUGUACCGGGUUCUUAUUUAGGGGUACCCGAGACGGACGAUGCAAUAAAGCCAUUCAUGGCGCGAUUCAAGGAUUGGGGCGAAAGAGAGUGUCACGGCAAACGCGUUCGUCUAAUCUGCGUCAUAGGCACAGGCGAUCUGCCAGAUCUGGCUAGGAGCAAGAAGCUCUUCGUGAACAAAUUCCACCAGAACUUCCAUCAUUAUGGUUACGAUUGUCUUGAGGAGCUCAUCGCAAACCGCACCCGAGAUAUUUACCUCGGCGAUCUCGCGUUUGAUUCCAGAUAUUACGGGACUUUGGGCUUUGUCAAGAACAAAAUAUAAUGCAACAUGGAAAGCAUAUUAGUUUGCGUUUAGUUGUAUGCGUAAAUUUGUAAUAAUAAUCAUGUAAAUGUGCAAUAAAAUAAUUGUUUAUAUA